AAAAGAAAAUGCCUCAUCACACAAAAAUCAAAACCCUCGAAAAUCCGUCCCCCCAAGUAGAGACAAACAGCGCGUUACUUUCACAAUCCGGGACAACAACCUUCUAGCGGCGUCGCCGGACGUGAAACCAUGGCGGCAACUGAUGAAUUUGCAGACCUUGAACGCGCGCGGGAGUUGUUAGAUCAUGCAACUCGACUCCAGUACGAAGCAAAGCACCUGAUCAUGGCUGCAAUCACCAAGCGUCCAUCUCCGCAAGGCCAAACUUCUGCUCCUAUUACUUCCACCGUACCGGGGAUCUCAACCCAACCGACUUUUACGCUACCACAAUCGGUUUUCCGGAAUCCGGACCCGAUACGGAUGAUGGAGCUCCGGCUGGAGAAGGAGAGGAUAAGGGAGGACAUUAUCGCUGCUGAGACUUUGCGACGGCGAGAGCUUGAAGCGGAGGUCAGGAGAGAGCUCAAGUUGGAGAGAGAGUUGGCUAUGAAAACAGCCCCUGCUGAAGGACUCGGCACAAUGCGGUUCGCUGCUCAUAAGAACUCCGUAUUCGAACCAUUCUCGUUCGGCACAAUGCCGAUAUCGGAGCCUGUGACCAACGACUUCAAGUCGCCGUCUACCGCAUUUGAUUCGUUCUCGUUGCCACUGCUGAUUUCGGAACCUAUGAUCAACGGCUUCAUGUCAUCGCCGCCGCUACUUCCUCCUCCUUCAGACCUCAGCAACAAGAACAAGUUGAUCUUACUGGAAAAACCUAACCCAAAUCUUUCUGGAGGCAAGCGGAAAAGGCCACCGAUAGUGGGUUCUAGUGAGCUGCCUCCAUUUGGGUUGAAAAAGAAACCCAGGGAGGAAUGGAGUUGCACCCUGUGCCAGGUUAGUGAAACAACUGAGAAAGGCUUAAUUCAACACAUAAACGGUAAGAAGCACAAGGCCAAGGAAGCGGAAUUGAGAGCUCAGCAACUGGACAAGAGCUCCAGGAAUGCACCAUCUACACAGUUUUCUAAGCCUAAAGAGACCAAUGGUAUCACAAGCUCCAAAUUGGAGGCCAAACAAGUAAGGAAAUCACUGCUUGACCAUACUGAAACCAGUGAUGGUUCAGGCCAGAAAUUGCAGGAUCAAGGCACUUCAAAAGAGGACAAAGAGGAACCGUCAAUGCCAGAAGACCAGUAUGGAGGGGGCUUGAAGAAUAAAGACAAGGUUGAAACGGCUGAUGGACUGGAGAGAAAUGAAGAUGUAGCAAAACAAAGUAGCUUUAAGUUUUGGUGUGAAAUGUGCCAAAAGGGUGCCAACAAUGCAAAGGUGAUGUCACAACAUAUGAGCGGCAAGAAGCACAAUGCUAGGAGUCAGAAGGUUACACCAAAGAAUGUUUCAAGUGCAAGUUCCAUGGUAUCAGCAGAGGCUAGUAAGGAGCCAGAAGAUGCUGAUGCAACCAAAGAAGCACAUGAAAAGUUCAAUGCCAUCGUCACAGAGCUAAUGAGAGCGCAUAAUGCUGUUCUGGCAAAAGAAACAGAGAACACUGCAGAAAUUAUUGUUGCAAAUAGCGAUAAACCAGCUGAAUAUAAUCUUCCAAGUGCAAGUUCAAUGGCAUCUGCAGAGGCUAGUAAGGAGGCAGGAGAUGCUGAUGCAGCCAAAGAAGCACAUGUAAAGCUCAAUGCCAUCGCCACAGAGCUAUUCACGACGCAUAAUGUAGAUCUGUCAAAAGAACCGUUCGUCUACAGCAGCAAUCAACCAACUGUGAGGUCGACUUGAUAUUAUAAUUUGCAAAACGCUAAUCGGGCGGUCCCCAAUAGAAAAUUAAGCUAGGACAUAUUUUUAAACCUUCCUUUCUACAAGUAGAUUUCUUUUUAUUCGCACUGUAUGCUACAUUGCUUGUGAAAAUCGUAUGUUAUGUUUCGGAA